GCCGCCGGUCGCGAAGAAAAGAGGCAGCCCAAAACAACAACCCGCAACCUCGCAAAGCCUCCCCGGGCAACCCGGCUGCGACUCCGGGGUGUCCCCCCCCAACACCCCACAAGGCAGGAGGGAGUGAGAGGAGCUGCCAGGGAGGGGGGAUCGCGGACCCCCCACCCGCCAAAGGGCCGGUUCCCAGUUCACUAUGGGAAGGCCUGUUUUGCAUUCCCAGUGACUCCCAGUGGCUCAUUCCCUUGCCUGAGGCCGGCCAUGUUUGCUCAUCCUCACAAGUUCAGCUUUUCCAGUGGGAACGCCUCGGAUUGCGUCAACGGUUCGGAGUGGAUCCUGUCCGUCUUCCACGAGUGCGCUCAGGAUGGCUGGGACAUCACCAGCGUGGUGCUGGGCCUGGUCUCCAUCGCCUGCUUUGCUGGGGCUUCCUUCCCUCAGUUCUACCUGGCCUGUAAAACUGGCAUCAUGGACCAAGCCCUGUCUGUUUACUUCCUUCUGGGAUGGCUCGGAGGUGACUCGCUGAACUUAGUGGGGUCUUUCUUGGCGGAUCAGCUGCCGCUACAGUUUCCGCUUCAAUCAACGCCGUCUUCGCCUGCACCGUCCUGGGAGCGACGUUGACGCCCGCCUGGCAGGGGGGGGCUGCCUCUCUUCACCUGGGGGACGGAAGGAUGUUCAAAAGCAGGAAACUUUUAUCCUCUGCGGACUCUCCGCCAGGCUGGGAG